AUGCAGGCGCGCUACUCCGUGUCCGACCCCAACGCGCUGGGAGUGGUGCCCUACUUGAGCGAGCAGAACUACUACCGGGCGGCGGCGGCGGCGGGCGGCUACGGCGGCAUGGCCAGCCCCAUGGGCGUCUACUCGGGCCACCCGGAGCAGUACGGCGGCGCGGGCAUGGGCCGCUCCUACGCGCCCUACCACCCCCACCACCACCACCAGCCCGCGGCGCCCAAGGACCUGGUGAAGCCGCCCUACAGCUACAUCGCGCUCAUCACCAUGGCGAUCCAGAACGCGCCCGAGAAGAAGAUCACUCUGAAUGGCAUCUACCAGUUCAUCAUGGACCGCUUCCCCUUCUACCGGGAGAACAAGCAGGGCUGGCAGAACAGCAUCCGCCACAACCUGUCGCUCAACGAGUGCUUCGUCAAGGUGCCCCGCGACGACAAGAAGCCCGGCAAGGGCAGCUACUGGACCCUGGACCCUGACUCCUACAACAUGUUCGAGAACGGCAGCUUCCUGCGGCGCCGGCGGCGCUUCAAGAAGAAGGACGUGCCCAAGGAGAAGGAGGAGCGGGCCCACCUCAAGGAGCCGCCCCCGACGGCUGCGGCGGCCAAGGGCGCCCCGGCCGGCCCCCCCGGGCUGGCGGACGCCCCCAAAGAGGCCGAGAAGAAGGUGGUGGUGGUGAUCAAGAGCGAGGCGGCGUCGCCCGCCCUGCCGGUCAUCACCAAGGUGGAGACCCUGAGCCCGGAGAGCGCGUUGCAAGGCAGCCCGCGCAGCGCGGCCUCCACGCCCGCCGGCUCCCCCGACGACGGCUCGCUGCCCGAGCACCACGGGGGCGCGCCGCCGCCCAACGGGCUGCCGGGCUUCAGCGUGGAGAACAUCAUGACACUGCGAACGUCGCCGCCGGGCGGCGAGCUGAGCUCGGCGGCGGCGGGGCGCGCGGGCCUGGUGGUGCCGCCGCUGGCGCUGCCCUACGCGGCCGCCGCGCCGCCCGCCGCCUACGGGCAGCCGUGCGCGCAGGGCCUGGAGGCGGGCGCGGCCGGCGGCUACCAGUGCAGCAUGCGCGCCAUGAGCCUGUACACGGGCGCCGAGCGGCCCGCGCACAUGUGCGUGCCGCCCGCGCUGGACGAGGCCCUCUCGGACCACCCGGGCGGCCCCACGUCGCCCCUGAGCGCCCUCAACCUCGCCGCCGCGGGCCAGGAGGGCGCGCUGGCCGCCGCCGCCGCGGGCCACCACCACCCGCACCACGGCCACCACCACCCGCAGGCGCCGCCGCCCCCGCCGGCCCCCCAGCCGCCCCAGUCGGCGCCGCCGCAGCCCGCGACCGCCGCGGCCCAGGCGGCCUCCUGGUAUCUCAACCACAGCGGGGACCUAAACCACCUUCCGGGCCACACGUUUGCGGCCCAGCAGCAGACUUUCCCCAACGUCCGGGAGAUGUUCAACUCCCACCGGCUGGGAAUCGAGAACUCGAGCCUCGGGGAACCCCAGGUGAGCGGGAACGCCAGCUGUCAGCUGCCCUACAGAUCCACGCCAUCCCUGUACCGCCACGCCGCCCCCUACUCCUACGACUGCACCAAAUACUGA